CAGUUGUAUUUUCAAAGCCGAGGGGAAAGGUCUGGUACUUUUAAGGUCCGCAUUCUGGAAGAAAAGGAAGACGAAGUAAUAAAAAUAAGUCGACAGAGUGGUCUAGUGAAGCCUUAAUUGUAAAAGUGAUAUUGCAACCCUACGAAUAUUAUAAAUAGGCAAAUAUAAUGGAGGCAGACUUGUCUGGAGUGAAUGUUACGUGCCUGAUGUGCGAGCAGACCUUUGAUGCGGUUGAGAAGCUGGACGACCACCUGACCACCCACUUUCCACAGCCGGUGCCCCAUCAAAGCCAUAUCUGCGAUCUCUGCGGGCGCGGAAUGCGAUCAUCGCUGGAGCUGCACCAGCACUACAAGAGAUUCCAUGAGACUCAUGUGGCCAGCACAGAUGGGCAUUUCCAAUGUCAUCUUUGCGACAAGGUGUUCCUCCUUCAAGAUCAUCUCAGUGUCCACGUAAAGAUCGAGCACUCGGCAGAUGGCUACCGUCCGGAUGAAAAGUCAUCGGAGUGGGAUCAGAACCAACGUCCCUGCUUUUAUCUAACCAACGAUGAUAAGCUGGAUCACAUUUUUUGUCCACCACCCAAAAGAACAUAUCCGCCACGCUCACCCUUCUUUAAUCCAAAUCUUUGGCUUGGAGCGGACAUCUCCUUCAUGUAGGGAAGUUUUGAAAAACUUACCACUACAUUUACUCCGUCUUUGAAAUAUGAAUAUAACAAUCAAAUAUUUUAUAUAAUAUAAGCAUUUUGUUGCCAUUCCAAAUGAUUCUCAAAUAAUUUAGAGCUCUUCACCAAAACGAGUAUAAGGUUCGUAAAUAGUACACCGAAUGUGCCCUCCGUAUGAAAAUAAAACUCACUGCAAUACGAUUUAAUUAAAA